CCGGCACACACAGUAAGCACAGCACUAGGCUACACCAUUAUGUCCCCCACACAGAAACUCACGCGGUCUCUGCGCCUGAUUCUUCCGCUGCUCCUGCCUUGGGGAAAGGGGCAUCUGUGUGUCGCAGUUCAUCCGUUGCUCGUGUUCCUUAUCGAUGGCUUCCGAUAUGACUACAUGGAUGACUUGCACACGCUGCCCGGAUUUCGAGAGCUUGUGGGCAAUGGGGUGAAGGUGGACUACAUGACGCCAGACUUCCCCAGUUUAUCAUACCCCAAUUACUAUUCGUUAAUGACAGGCCGUCACUGUGAUGUUCAUCAAAUGACUGGAAACUACAUGUGGGAUGCAGCCUCAAAGAAGGAGUUUCUGAUUGGGACCAAUUCCGACAGCCGGCUGCCACUUUGGUGGGAUGGAUCAGAGCCAUUAUGGGUCACCCUGCAGAAGCUUGGAAAGAAUGUUUUCAUGUACUACUGGCCUGGUGAGCAUAUGCAUAGUCAAUCUGCACAUUCAAAUCUGUCUGCCUAGCUAUCUAUCUGUACACCAAGGCAAGAUGACUCACUAUCAGAGAGAUAUACUUAACACCUUUCGUC